ACUUUCGUUUUUGGCGCAGAAGCUACACCAAAUACGCUCAAAACUUUGGUGCCCAGAAUCCCGAUUCAUCCAAGUAUAAACUAAAUUUAAUGUCUGAGGACAAUUUCAGUAAAAAAUAACAAUUUUGUAGGAGGCGGUGGAAGGUAAAGAAAGGUGAACCUGAUCAUCCCAAGUACAGGCGGACAGUUGCCAUGUCAUCAACACGAGGUGCCUUCCUGGACGUGCAGCCGGAGCUGCUGACCAGCUCCCUGUCAGUGGUGGGCGGCGGCGCGGACCCUGAGCUCUCCGAGCUCGCCAUGCCGGCAGAGGCGGCCGCCAGGCAGCGGCGCUCCGACGCCGUCGAGAUCGUGCCCAAGCCGGUGGUGUGCUGCAAGACGCGCGACGCCGCCGGUGGUAAGGUGUUUGUGAACAUCUGCACCAACACGGAGAUCCCGGCGCCUCGCCAGCUGAGCGAGCAGCAGCUGCGCGAGCUGCUGCAGGACGAGGCGCAGGCGGCUGAGUUCCGCGUGCCGCUCAGUCUCAGCGAGGCGCACAAGGAGCUGGACAAGUCGGGCGGCCCGUGCGUGGCCUACGAUGUCGUCAUUCACCCGCGGUUCUACGCCCAGGUGGACAGCAGCCUCCUCUUCAAGACGUUCUUCAUCACCGUCAUGAUCGAAGCGAUCGAGGGCAAAUUCGGCAUCGAACUUGACAAGAACCAGUGGGUGACGAUGCGGAACAAGCUGUACAUGGGUAAGAUGCCGAAGCAUUUUGUGCGCCGCGGUGACCUACCGAUGGUGCAGGAGGUGGCCGGCGGCGAGGCUCCGUCCGCCGGACCGCGGCCGCUUAUCUCUGAGGUGGAGACGCGCCGCAGCGCCCCGCCGGCGCCGCCCCACACGGUAGAGCGCCGCCCGGACGGCCGGCUGGUGGUGACGUUCGAGCUGCCGCCGGCGGUGACGGCCGCCGACCAGCUGAGUCUUGAGCUGGCGCCCGACCGGGUAGUGCUCUCCUCGGAGACCGUCCGGCUCCUGGCGGACGUGUUCCUGACGGAGACGGUCGAGCCGGAGACGGCGCGCGCCGCCUUCAGCCUGGCCUCGCGUCGGCUGGCGGUCUCCGUGGCCACCGCUGCCGCGUGAGUGCUGUGUGUCAGGACGCGCUGCGUGCCAGCGGUCAUGUGGACCAGAAUGUGCCCCGACGUUGAACUGAGAGAACUCUGUGAUAGUGAGGCUCAGAUAUUGCGUUAAUUUGCGGUGAUGCUACGGGAUGCUGGCCAUUCGUGGUGUUGUGCUGAAGGUUCUGUGUUUCCACAUGAUGAAAAGUCGAGGAAUGAUUGACAUUAAGUUUGCACUGGACUGCUGGAUUACUUGUUCUGCGCAGGAUAUGUAUCAAAUGGUUUGUAAUCCAUUCACGUUGUUUGCAAGUCAGAACAUUCUGUUUGAAGCAUUAAGUUUCUAAUGGUGAACCACAGCAGAGCUCUCGCUUUGUGGUACAAUGACGUCAUGGUGACUCACCGCUUAUACAGCACGCACUCAUAUCUCAUUUGUUUCAGCUCAGUCAAGGGCAUUGCUGCGCUAGCAUGGCGUCGAGUGGUGGUGCAAAAAAUAUUGCGUUGGCGUGUUAUCGCGUAGCUAUGUCGGGAGAAUUUCUGUAUCGAACUUUUUGUAUUGUUUUCAUCAUGUUUGAUAAAGAGUUCCGUUUCAUCUUCGUUAUUCUUGAAUUGAUGCCGUACAUAUACGAGUUGUUUUUA